UGAGCCACCUUCAGUCACACAUGAUUGGUCACGGAGGACAGGGUUUAUGUCGUUGUCCAGUAUGUGGUAAACAUUUUUUUGACAAGAGCCAUCUUCGCAGACACAAAAGAAUUCACACUGGAGAGAAACCAUAUUGCUGUUCUGAAUGUGGCAAAUGUUUCUCACAAUCAAGCCAUCUUCAGACACACAUGAGAGUGCACAAAGGAGAACGGCCAUUUUCCUGUUCUGAAUGUGGCAAACGGUUUUCACAAAAAAGCCAUCUUAAGACACACAUGAGAGUGCACACAGGAGAACAGCCAUUUUCCUGUUCUGAAUGUGGCAAACGGUUCUCACAAACAGGCCGUCUUCAGCAACACAUGAAAGUGCACACAGGAGAACAGCCAUUUUCCUGUUCUGAAUGUGGCAAACGAUUUUCAAGUAGCAGUAAACAUCUGAAGCAUUUAAGAGUUCACACUGGUGAGAAGCCCUAUUGCUGUCCUGAAUGUGGCAAAAGACUUUACGACACAAGCAAUCUUCUGCGUCAUGCAGGAGUCCACAAUAAAGACCAUCUUUAGGUCCGUUCUGAAUGUGGCAAGAAAUUCUCACAAAGAGGCAGUUUUCGUAGACAUAUAAGAACACACGUUUGAUAGAGGCCGUACUCGUUUCUUGAUUGUGACAAGCUAUUCACCGAUAACAGCAGCCUUCAUAAACACAAUAGAAUUCAUUCUGGAUUAAGGCCAUAUUGUUGCUAUGAAUGUGGCAAGCGA